ACGCAAAGAACAUAACUCUUGGUUUAGAGUAGAGUCAACAAGUCAACCAUUACUGCUUCACUUUGGAACUUAGUUUUCUCCUUUAUCCAAUUUUGACAUGUUGCCAUCAUCAGUGAAAGAACUGGAUUCCACAAUGACGGCUUAGUGUUCAGAAGAAUUGGUUGAACACAGGUUUUUUUUUUCUUUGUUAUGUUGGAAGUUCUGUUAACAAUAUGACUAAACAUGCUCUUCAAGAGUCCCUUUUGAACGGCAACAGCGAUUCUGAUUCCAAAAAGUUAGGAGGAAAUGAAAUUUUAACCAGUUAUUCAAAGGCUGGAUUUUUCAGCAUUCUUACUUUCUCAUGGAUGACUCCACUAAUAACAUUGGGGAGUAAAAAGACCUUAAACCAUCAAGACCUUCCACUUCUUUCUGCCAAUGACACUGCCUAUGGAACUUUUUCAACUUUUAGAAAAAAUCUUGAAUUGGAGUGUGGUAAUGUUAGGACUGUGACAACUAUGAAGCUCGCCAAGGUGUUGUUUUUAUCGACAUGGGAAGGGAUUCUUAUAUCUGGUAUAUUUGCAUUCUUGUACGUGUGUGCUACUUAUGUAGGACCUUACCUUAUUGACAACCUUGUUCAAUAUCUCAAUGAUGAAAACAAGGUUAAAAAUGAAGGCUAUGUUUUGGCAAUGGCGUUUAUUGCGGCAAAGUUUGUUGAGUGUCUUUCGCAAAGGCACUGGACGUUUAAGUUUCAACAGGUUGGAGUUAGGAUGCAAGCAAUGUUGGUGUCAAUGAUCUAUGCUAAAGGUUUGACACUUUCUUGUCAAUCAAAAGAGGGACAUAGCAGUGGCGGAAUAAUCAACUUAAUGACUGUUGAUGCGCAAAGGAUAGGCGAGUUUUGUUGGUAUAUGCAUGAUAUAUGGAUGGCUGUUCUACAAAUUUCUUUGGCUUUGUUUAUUCUUCAUAGAAGUGUCGGGGUUGCAUCGGUAGCUGCUUUUGCUGCAACUGUUAUUGUGAUGUUGCUAAACCUUCCUGUGACUUCCCUGCAAGAGAGGUUCCAAGCUAAGUUAAUGGAGUUCAAGGAUAAAAGAAUGAAGGCGACGUCUGAGGUUCUAAUGAACAUGAGGAUUCUCAAACUGCAAGCAUGGGAGAUGAAGUUCUUAUCAAAGAUUAUUCAGCUUAGGAAGUUAGAGGAGACGUGGCUAAAAAAAUUUCUUAUUGGUAAUGCAAUUGUUAGAUUUCUCUUCUUUAACGCGCCGACAUUUGUUGCUGUGGUCACUUUCGGUGCCUGUGUUCUUCUAGGAAUUCCACUUGAAUCAGGAAAGAUCUUAUCCGCUCUUGCAACAUUCCGAAUUCUUCAAAUGCCUAUCUAUAAUAUUCCUGACACAAUUUCAAUGAUUGCACAAACCAAAGUUUCCCUCGAUCGGAUUGUCACUUUUCUUCGUCUAGAUGAUUUGCAGACUGAUGUAGUGGAGAAGCUUCCACGAGGUAGUUCUGAUAUAGCAAUUGAAAUAGUAGAUGGAAAUUUCUCUUGGGAUUUUUCUUCUGUCAAUACAAAUUUGAAAAACAUAAACCUUAGAGUUUUUCAUAGUAUGAGGGUUGCUGUUUGUGGUACUGUUGGAUCAGGCAAGUCGAGUUUACUUUCUUGUAUAAUAGGUGAAAUACCAAAGGUAUCUGGUAACUUGAAGGUGUGUGGAACAAAAGCUUAUGUUGCUCAAUCACCAUGGAUACAGAGUGGAAAGAUAGAAGAGAAUAUACUGUUUGGGAGAGAGAUGGACAGGGAAAAGUAUGAGAAGGUGCUCGAAGCAUGUUCGUUGAAGAAAGACCUAGAGGUUCUACCUUUUGGUGAUCAGACCAUUAUUGGAGAGAAGGGAAUUAACUUGAGUGGUGGACAGAAGCAAAGAGUACAAAUAGCGAGGGCACUUUACCAAGAUGCCGAUAUAUAUCUUCUCGAUGAUCCCUUUAGUGCUGUUGAUGCUCAUACAGGAUCCCAUAUCUUUAAGGAGUGUUUGCUUGGCCUUUUGAAAACAAAAACAGUGAUAUACAUAACACAUCAAGUAGAGUUCUUACCUGAUGCUGAUCUGAUACUUGUCAUGAAAGAAGGAAGAAUAACUCAAUCAGGAAAAUACAAUGAUAUUCUUACGUCAGGAACUGAUUUUAUGGAACUUGUAGGCGCACAUAGAGCAGCGUUGUCUUCAGUUAAGUCUUUAGAGAGAAGGCCUACAUUUAAAACAUCGAGUAUAACCGGAGAAGACACAGGUUCAUUAAGUGAUUUUGAACUUGAGCAAGAAAUCGAAAUAGUAGAUGAUCAAAAUGGCAAGUUAGAUGAAACAAUUGUGCCGAAAGGCCAACUUGUUCAAGACGAAGAACGUGAAAAGGGUAGUAUUGGGUUUAAAGUGUUUUGGAAAUACAUAACAAUAGCUUAUGGAGGAGCUCUUGUACCUUUCCUAUUUCUUUCACAGAUACUCACUGUGGUUUUACAAAUUGCAAGCAACUACUGGAUGGCUUUGGCAACUCCUGUUUCUGCAACUGAUGAACCUGAUAUUGGAAACCUUACUCUGAUGGUUGUCUAUGUUUCUUUGGCUAUUGGAAGUUCCUUUGGCACCCUUGGCAGAGCCGUUCUUGCUGCGAUAGCUGGAUACAAGACCGCCACCAUGCUCUUCAAUCAAAUGCAUCUGAGCUUCAUUCGAGCGCCAAUGUCAUUUUUUGAUUCAACCCCAAGUGGAAGAAUUCUUAAUAGAGCUUCGUCUGACCAAAGUACAGUAGAUACGGACAUUUCAAAUCUAGCAUGGGGUUUCACCUACAAUAUGGUUCAGCUAUUGGGAAUUAUUGCUGUGAUGUCUCAAGCAGCAUGGCAAGUGUUCAUAAUAUUGAUUCCUGUCAUGGCAGCUUGCAUUUGGUACCAGCGAUACUAUUCAGCAUCAGCACGAGAAUUGGCACGAUUAACUGGUGUAUGCCAAGCACCUGUUAUACAACAUUUUUCUGAAACGAUAUCCGGAUCAACAACCAUAAGAAGUUUUGAGCAAGAAUCAAGAUUUACUGAAUUGAAUAUGCAAUUGAUAGACAAGUAUUCCCAACCUAAGUUAUACAGUGCUAGUGCAAUGGAAUGGUUGAGUUUCAGAUUGGAUCUUUUAUCCUCUACCAUAUUUGCCUUCUGCUUGGUUUUCUUGGUAUCUUUUCCAAGUUCAAUUGCUGAUCCUAGUAUUGCGGGAUUGGCUGUUACAUACGGGAUUAGUCUAAAUGCUAUACAAACUAAUUUAAUUUGGUUUCUUUGCAAUUUGGAGAAUAAAAUUAUAUCUGUAGAAAGAAUACUUCAGUACACUUCCAUCCCAAGUGAAGCACCUCUUGUAAUAAAAGACAAUCAACCAGAUCUUUCUUGGCCAUCAUCUGGAGAGGUUCAAAUCCAGGAUUUACAGGUUCAAUAUGCUCCUCACUUGUCUCUUGUUUUACGUGGACUAAAAUGCACUUUCACCGCUGGAGCGAAAACUGGCAUUGUUGGAAGAACUGGAAGUGGAAAAUCAACACUUGUGCAAGCACUUUUCAGACUUGUUGAGCCUGUCGCCGGAAAAAUAUUGAUAGAUAACAUCAACAUCUCGUUGAUUGGAAUCCAUGAUUUACGGUCCAGACUCAGCAUAAUUCCUCAGGAUCCAACAAUGUUUGAAGGGACUGUAAGAAGUAAUCUCGACCCGCUGGAAGAGUACACAGAUGAACAAAUUUGGGAGGCUUUAGAUAUGUGCCAACUAGGAGAUGAAGUGAGAAAGAAAGAAGGAAAGCUCGACUCAACAGUUACUGAGAAUGGAGAAAACUGGAGCAUGGGUCAAAGACAGUUGGUUUGCCUCGGCCGUGUUUUACUUAAGAAAAGCAAGAUAUUAGUGCUUGACGAAGCAACUGCAUCAGUUGAUACAGCAACAGAUAAUAUUAUUCAGCAGACAGUUAAGCAAUAUUUCUCUGAUUGCACAGUCAUUACCAUUGCUCAUAGAAUAACUUCAAUCCUCGAUAGCGACAUGGUUUUAUUUCUCAGUGAAGGACUUAUUGAGGAAUAUGAUUCACCAAAGAAGUUGCUUAAGGACAAAUCUUCAUCUCUUGCUCAACUGGUUGCAGAAUACACAAGGAGAUCAAACACUGGUUUUGGAAGUUGAGAGCUGAAACUGAACAGAAAUUAAACUAGACUAGAACUUAUAAGUUUGAAAGAAGGGUACAAAAUUUAAGAACAAUAUAUGUUUUGUAAGUAUUACUGAAGCUUAACCGUUAUAGGAGAAAGUCAACAUUUAUUUGAAUUACUGUAGGUUAAGUUUAUUGUAGACUGCUAGUGAGAACAAAUUUGUAUUUGUGAGGUAAAAGGAAACUGUUGUUACAUGAGACUGAGAAAAUAAAGGUUGAGAUAGAUUGGAUGUUAAGGACUGACAUAUUUUCAGCUCAACCGAUUUACAAAAUUAACAUAGAACAUCUUCUGUUAUUGACAAUGAUAUGGUUCUACUAUUUUAUCAAGGUGAUAAAGGAUGUUGUUCGACAGUGAUAUGGUUCUACUAUUUAAUCAAGGUGAAAAAAGGUGUAUUGUAUUACAUUAUUUUUUGAAUUUGCUAUGUACUUUUUUUCAAUGGACACUAGUGCAGGACUAAAUCUACGUCACUGCAUUUAGGUAUUGUUUACUUUGAGUGUGAGAAACCUCACGCCUUUUCCUUUUAGAGAAGACAUCUCAUUGUAUUAAAGUAAACUAUUUUAACUAGCCCGAAACAGAAAGUAAAUUUGGGAAAUAUUAUUUUGACCAGCCCGAACAGAAAGCAAAUUUGAGAAAUUGUAAUGAAUAUGUCUUCUUUCUAGUUAAUGCAAUUUUUCAUUUUUGAUAAUCUUUAUAUAUGAACCAUAAAUAGAUAGAGGUAAAUAACUAUAAAGCUCAGCAGAAAAGUAUAAAAGUAUAUUCUAUAAACUUAUCUAUCGAUUGCAAUUGCCUCUUAAAAGAUGCACAAUAGAUGGGAUCAAUUUACUAUCUGCAAUAGCCCCUUUCUUUUUUAAAGGCGGCAUAAAUCAAAACAUUAGGAUCUGAAAUCACAAAGGAACUGACAUCAGGUGGAAAAACUGAGCACUUGGAGAACUUGGUCUCCUCGUGAAUCCACUUGACAUUUUACUGGCAUUAAUAAUUUACAAUCAAGUUUACCCUAAAACUUGACGACCAAAAAAUACGACAAUUUUGUUUAUCCUUCGUCUUUCUCUCUAACCUUCCUCCAAACUUUGAUUUCUCCCGCCAUUUUUCUGCUGUUCAUACAACAAAAAGUUUAUAUGCCAAGUAUGUUUUCCUAUCUAUUUACCUUGGCUCAGCUUAGUUCUCUUAACAGGUGUAAAAGAGGAGAUAUCAAACUCGCCAGAAGAUGAACUAGAACUGGAUGAGGAGGAACUAUCAUUCUCUAAGCCAUCCAAGUAAUUUGAAACAUCCGCAAUAGACGAAGCAAAAUCUCUUUUGAUAACUCUAGCAGGUUCGGGCAGUUUUGUUAGGAAGUUUUUCGGAACUAUUCGUGAAGAAUUUUCAGGUUCAGUCAGUUUUGUUGCGAAGUUUUUCGGAACUGCUCUUGAAGAAUUUCCAGGUUCAUCCAGUUUUGUUGCGAUAUUAUUCGGAACUACUCUUGAAGAAUUUUCAGUUUCAGCCAGUUUUGUGGCGAUGUUUUCCGGAACUACUCUUGAAGAAUUUGUCAACCAAUUACCUGCAAUAACACAUGAAUUAGUCUCUUUUCUAUUCAA